AUGGAGACCUGUAGUAUUGUAGAUGAACGGAGUGAACAGAAAAGAGUUGAAAGUGCUGCAAAUGUUGAAAGUAUUUCAAAGAAAUCUCAGGAACCCUCCUCAAAAUAUCUCAAAGACCGUGACACUUGCUUGGCAUACUUUGAACAGUGGUGUGAGUAUGAUCAAGUGGAGUUUGUCCAGCUACUUUUCUCACGGAUGUGCCACUACCAACAUGGACAAAUCAACACAUUCCUUAAACCAAUGCUUCAAAGAGACUUCAUUUCGGGAUUACCUGGGAAGGGACUUGAUCACAUUGCUGAAAAUAUCUUAACUUACUUGGAUGCUAAAAGUCUAUGUUCAGCUGAACUUGUUUGUAAAGAAUGGUACAGAGUUAUAUCGGAAGGAAUGUUAUGGAAGAAAUUGAUAGAAAGAAUGGUUCGGACUGAUACACUCUGGAGAGGAUUGGCAGAAAGACGAGGCUGGGUCCAGGAUCUCUUUAGACCAAAAUAUGGUGAUGCACCAAAAGACCACAAAUUUUACAGAUCAUUGUAUCCACAAAUAAUACAAGAUAUAGAGAGGAUAGAGAACAAUUGGAGGACAGGUCAGCACACAUUACAGAGAAUCCACUGUAGAAGUGAGACUAGCAAAGGAGUUUACUGCCUUCAAUAUGAUGACGAGAAGAUAGUUAGUGGCUUAAGAGAUAACACAAUUAAAAUUUGGGAUAAAGGUUCAUUAGAAUGUGUGAAAGUAUUAACAGGUCAUACGGGCUCAGUAUUGUGUCUUCAGUAUGACGAUAACAUAAUCAUAUCUGGGUCCAGUGAUUCCACUGUGAGAGUAUGGGAUGUGUUAACAGGUGAGAUGCUAAACACACUUAUCCAUCAUUGUGAAGCAGUUCUUCAUCUCCGGUUUAAUGAUGGUAUCAUGGUCACUUGUUCAAAGGAUCGAUCAAUUGCAGUCUGGGACAUGAACUCUCCUUCUGAUAUUAACUUACGAAGAGUUCUUGUUGGCCACCGGGCUGCUGUCAAUGUUGUGGACUUUGAUGAAAAAUACAUUGUUUCUGCCUCCGGUGAUCGUACCAUAAAGGUUUGGAGUACUUCUUCCUGUGAAUUUGUUCGCACACUAAAUGGGCACAAGCGAGGUAUUGCCUGCUUGCAGUACAGGGAUCGUCUUGUUGUCAGUGGCAGCUCGGAUAACUCUAUCAGGUUGUGGGAUAUUGAAUGUGGAGCCUGCCUAAGGGUGCUUGAAGGUCAUGAAGAACUUGUCAGGUGUAUACGAUUCGAUAACAAACGUAUCGUUAGUGGUGCCUAUGAUGGGAAAAUAAAAGUGUGGGACCUUGCAGCAGCAUUGGACCCACGAGCUCCUGCUGGCACUUUGUGUCUUAGAACUCUUGUGGAGCAUUCUGGUCGUGUGUUUCGAUUACAGUUCGACGAGUUCCAGAUUGUUAGCAGUAGCCAUGAUGACACUAUACUAAUAUGGGACUUCUUGAAUGUUCCUAUCCCUGAAGGUUCGACUCGCUCCCCCUCCAGGACAUAUACAUAUGUUCAGUGA